CAAGCUCUCUCCAUCAUGACUGCAUUCUUUACCUUGAGUUUCGUGCUUCUGGCGAGCCCUUUGCUGGCUUUCGACAUGGGUCAGACCACUCGGUGCGUCGCCAUACCCGCCCAGAUGACGGUCUGUAAAGGCGUGGGAUACUCAGAGAUGCGGUUGCCCAAUUUUUUGGGCCACAGUAACCUUGAAGGUGAAGUGGUGCCACGGUCGGAGGAGUGGAGGCCGCUGUUGCAGACGGGUUGCCACCCUCAGGCUCAGGCCUUCUUCUGCUCUCUCAUCGCGCCCGUCUGUCUUGACACAUUCAUCCAGCCCUGCCGUAGCCUGUGUGUGGCAGUGAGGGACAGCUGUGCCCCGGUGCUCGCCUGCCAGGGACGCCCCUGGCCUGAAGCCCUUGACUGCGACCAGUUUCCUGCUGAAGAUGACAUGUGCCUCUCUCCCCAGUCAACAUUUAAAGCUUUCACUAAAGAUUUGCCUAAACCCGCCUGCCAGAACUGUCCAUCUGUGGAUGGGGCUCCUACAGUGCGGACAGUCCUGAAUGCCUUCUGCCACUAUGACUUUGCUGUCACGGCCCACCUUCACCGUCUUCGUCUACCCAAAGGAGAGCCAGAAAUGGAGAUUCAGGGGCGGGUGGAGUUUAUUCGUCAGGGACCUCUGUUGCCUUACGACACCCAGCAUCUACUCCAGCAGUGGCUCCUGAUCAACCUCCGAUGUGCCAACGGCCUUGUGCGCCCGGGCCGGUCACAGCUUUAUGUGCUGACCGGCUCUGUGCUGCCCGACGGCACGCUGGCGCUCAUUCGUGUCUUCCCUUGGCACAAAAAGGAUGCAAACGUUGCUGUGGCCAUUCGCAAAUGGAAGCAUCGCAGAUGUUGA